GUCACUUACCCCAGAAUAACCUCCCAUAGCAUCAUCUAUCAACCUACCAGACGCUUUCAAACUGAUUGAUUGGGUCACUGUGGCUGUUCACAAGCUGUAAAAUCUCAUUCCAUGAUCUCAUACCAACUUUGAUGCUUCGACGUCUUUCUGUCGCAGUUGUCCGUGCAACUUCUUGACGCUCAUAGAUACAAACAUGCUAUCAAGAACCAGCAAGAAUUCGACCUCCCGUUUAUCACAGAUAUCUCGACAUAUUACAGGCCAAACAAGAACCAUGUCUGCAUACAACAAGUCUACAGCAAAAUUAAAUACCGGUGCAGAGAUUCCUCUGAUCGGUUUUGGAACAUGGCAGGACAAAGGUGCCCAAGAAGAAGCCGUGUACCAUGCUCUACGAGCUGGCUAUCGACAUAUUGAUACUGCACGCAUAUAUGGUACAGAGCCUGGAGUAGCGGCGGGUAUCGAGAAGAGUGGUGUGCCACGCAGCGAGAUUUUCAUCACCACCAAAUUAUGGAACAAUUCCCAUCACCCGGAUGAUGUAGAGAAGGCAGUUGAUGCAUCAUUGAAAGAUCUCAAAACCGAUUACAUUGACCUCUACUUGAUGCAUUGGCCUAGCCCAUUUGCCAGGAGCGACCAAUUGUUCCCCAAGAAGGACGACAAGAUUCAAACUGGUGACAGCGAUUAUGUCGACACCUACAAAGCCAUGGAGAAGCUCGUAUCAAAAGGCAAAGUCAGGGCUAUUGGAAUCAGUAAUUUCUCCAAAGCUGAAUUGGAAAGACUUUUGAAGGAAACUUCAAUUGUACCUGCAGCUCAUCAACUCGAGAUGCACCCUUAUCUCGCACAACUAGACUUUGCCGAGUUCCACAAGUCCAAGGGCAUCCACAUCACCCAAUAUUCUCCCUUUGGCAACUCGAAUGAAAUCUACACAAAAGGUCAAGACAUUGGAAAGUUGAUUGACGACCCCGUCCUGGCGGAGAUUGGGAAGAAAUAUGGAAAGAAUGGUGCACAGGUGGCCCUCGCCUGGGGGAUCGCAAAAGGACACAGCGUGAUCCCUAAAUCCAAGACUCCAACCAGGAUCAAAGCCAACCUUGAGGGUGACUUCAAACUCGAUGCCGAAGAUGUCAAAAAGAUCGAUGGAUUGGACAAAAAGUUACGAUUCAACGAUCCCUCAGAAUCCUUUGGUUGGGACUUUUACACUGAUUUGGACGGAAAAAAGUAAACCUGCAGAAGGAUUGAAAUCUGGAUAUGUAACCUUGUUUGGCGCUCCUCUCAGCCUCGAACAAAAGCAAAUCGCAAUAGAAUAAUUGAUGCAAGUUCUUAUGUAGUUGAUACCAGCGUAUAUAACAUUUUCGUGCAUCAUCCA